UUUGCAGCAGCACUGCAUAUUUUAGCCAAUUCUAUCUCCUUAUGGUCAGCAUUCAUCCACUCUCUCUUCCUAUCUUCAUACAUACACUCUCCAUCUCCUUUCUCCCAACUACGGAUAAGCCACGCCUAUGGCCUUUUGGGAGAAGCAUUUGCUCCUCCUCGCCUUCCUCUGCGCGGCCCUCCUCAUCCAAGAUGCCACAGGGUGUAGAGUUGGACCGGGAAAUGGCAGAAAUUAUGUUAUUGCAUCAUCAGGAGGAAUACAAGAUGGCUCUAGAAGAUUGCUGAUUGGCUCGGUGGCACCAACGUGCACCUACAACGAGUGCAGAGGGUGCCGGUUUAAGUGCAGAGCCGAGCAAGUUCCUGUUGAAGGCAACGAUCCUAUAAACAGUGCUUAUCAUUACAAAUGUGUUUGUCACAGAUAGAAUUUUUCGCACCUUUGAGUUUUUGUCCAAAUGUAGGAGCAUCAGCCUUUCCUUAUGUUUUGAUACUAUAUUAUUACUACUGAAAAAAUAUAGAUUCAUUUUGUCCAGAA